UUUUUUUCCGGGAAAUCAGCUGUUAAGAAACGCAUGCUCGGUCGCUCGAAGUAAAAUGGUGGUUUCGUCUUAGAAAGGAAGAAAGAAGCUAUAAAAAUUCCUCAACACUGUGUUUAUAUGUACCUAAAUGCCUUACGAUAUGUCAGUCAAUGCAGACAGUCCAGCCAACAGGCUUAAAUCAUACAAGAACAAAGCUUUAGAUUCACAAGAACUCAGACGCAGACGUGAGGAAGAGGGCAUCCAGCUCAGAAAGCAGAAGCGAGAUGAACAGCUUUUUAAACGGAGAAAUGUAUCCAUGCCAGCUGGUGGUCCUGAGGAUUUUGCUGGUGGAAACCUCCAUGACAACACAGUUAGUUCAACACCAUACACUGGUGGGAUAACUCAAGAGAUGAUUCAGGUGUUAUACAGUGAAAAUGUUGAAGAACAAGAAGCAGCCACACAGAAAUUUAGAAAACUCCUGUCCAGAGAACCAAACCCUCCAAUUGAUGAAGUUAUUCAGACUGGAAUUGUUCCAAGAUUUGUGGAAUUUCUUCAGAAAGAUGGCAACUGCUCCUUACAGUUUGAAGCAGCCUGGGCACUGACAAACAUUGCAUCAGGCACGUCUCUACAGACCAGGGUGGUGAUAGAAGCGGGAGCUGUCCCUAUAUUUAUCAAACUGCUCGCGUCAGACAUAGAGGAUGUUCAGGAACAGGCUGUGUGGGCGUUAGGUAACAUAGCUGGAGACAGCCCUGAGUGCAGGGACUACGUUUUGAAUGAAGGCAUCCUGGUCCCACUAUUACAAUUACUCAGCAAGAACUCAAGCAGUUUAUCAAUGACAAGGAAUGCUGUCUGGUGUUUAUCAAAUUUAUGUCGAGGAAAAAACCCACCGCCGGAUUUUGCAAAGGUAUCCCCAUCUCUACCUGUGUUAGCCAGACUGCUGUUUCACACAGAUAAAGAUGUCCUUGCUGAUGCAUGCUGGGCAUUAUCUUACUUGUCCGACGGUCCUAAUGAAAAAAUUCAAUCUGUGAUAGAUUCAGGGGUGUGUCGCCGAUUAGUCGAACUUCUCAUGUACACACACCAGAGUGUUGUGUCAGCUGCCCUUAGAGUUGUGGGAAACAUAGUCACCGGGGACGACUUUCAAACACAGAUAAUCUUGAACUGUUCAGCUCUGCCAUGUUUGUUGCACUUACUCAGUAGCUCAAAAGAAUCGAUACGAAAAGAGGCAUGCUGGACAAUUUCUAACAUCACAGCAGGAAACAGAAUGCAAAUUCAGUGUGUCAUAGAUGCCAACAUAUUCCCAGUCCUGAUCGAUAUUUUGGGAAAAGCUGACUUCAAGACAAGAAAAGAAGCAGCAUGGGCGAUCACAAACGCCACAUCAGGAGGCUCGCCCGAACAGAUUAGGUUCCUAGUGGAUCAGGACUGCAUUCCUCCCCUGUGCGACCUACUGACGGUGAUGGAUGCUAAAAUUGUACAGGUGGCCCUUAAUGGCCUUGAGAAUAUUCUACGACUGGGUGAGCAGGAUGCCAAGAGUCACAGUGGGACAAACCCAUACGCUGUGCUGAUUGAGGAGUGUUAUGGUUUGGACAAGAUAGAAUUUCUCCAGAGCCACCAGAACCGCGAGAUCUACCAGAAAGCGUUUGACAUGAUUGAGCGAUACUUCGGGACGGAGGAGGAAGACAAAGCCGUGGCCCCACAGAUGGACGAAAACGCACAGCAGUACCAGUUUAACCCUCCGGCAGAAAACGUACCAAUGGGAGGAUUCCAGUUCUAAAACAGCGUCCUGAAAGCCAUCAAAUUCAGCUGAAAAAGACAAUAGGAGAGUAGAGUCAAGCAAUACAGGUGUCAUCUCAAUAGAACUGUGUUGAACUCUCUUUACUUGAUGGUACGAACCAUGAUUGCGAUAUUUUGAACCGUCAAUGUUAUUCUCUGAAAAAUUCAAUUAUUUUUUAUUAAAGAUAACUGGGUAAGGAACUUAUAUUUCAAUGUAUGACAACACAAGAAUGUGUGUUUACCAUUAUUUUUUAAGGUUAAGUGUAUGUACCUGUUAUUUUGUACAAGAAGUUAUUCAGUAUCAUUAAGGUUAUGUAUCUGUUGUGAAUUUUGGAAUGUUUGUAUUCUAAUAUGGAGCUUAUAUUUUCAUUUCUUUUUUCAACUGUUCUUAUGGGGAUUUUUUUAAUCAUAUGUUUUGUUUCUUUAUAAAAGCUAAAUGUUAUCAACAUUUCAAGUUCUUCAUGAUAAUCGAUGUAAAUCAAGUCCUGUUGUUCCUAUUUGUUUACUAGUAUUUCCACUCACAGUGAAACUGAAUCUUGGGUGAGGUAUAAUAAUAACUUUUCCUAACUAAAUUCUUAUGGUCAGUUCACUGGACACCAACUUGGAAUUUUAGAUUAGAUUCUCUCUGCUUUAUAUGUAUAUGGAAAUAUGUAGUAAAUUUGCUCUAUAUGUCAUUUCCUUUGUAACUUUCCUCUGUUCCUGUAGAUGUCUUUGUAAAUAUGCCAAAGUCACACGAUACACACAGAAUUCAAUUGAGACAUACAUGUACUUGGAAAAAACCUGGGAUAGAAUUAGAUAUAACACCUCCAUGUAUAUUUACGCAACCUCAGCAUCUGACACAAAAGAAUGAACACGGGCUAUAGCGGACUGUAGCCAACUACCACUCGGCCUCACUGCCUACUUUAUACCACAGACACUUUACAAACACACAGGACCUGCCCGACACACAUUGAUAUUUGCCCUAUAUUUAUGUUAGAUUGCCCAUAGGACUGAGUGUUCUUUAUGAUUUGGAUGAAAUGCCCAAAGAUCUCACUGUUUAUACAGUCCAGUAGGAAGGAUGAACUAAUGUCCUUUGUUUUAUUGUUAAUUUUUUUUUCCCUUCAGUUGCUGUCUUAGCAAAUGGUGCUUUUUAUAAGGAUGAAAUUUUAUUUCUUUGUUAAAUCUUAAGCAUGAAUUACCUCAGAAAUCUCGAAAGAAAAUUUUGAGAUUGGCAUAAUAAGGAAAAAACUGGGUCAAGACGACCCAGUUGACUAGUAUGUGAUGCUGAUCCAUUUUUAAGGAUCCGAUCAUAUCUGUCGCUUGAAAAAGUUGUUGCCCCUUUAUAAGGUUGUUGCACACCUGAGCCCCCAAGAUGAGUAUAAAUUGGUCCCGCGGGGAGGGGGGUCCCUUAAAUCGGUGAACACUUCCCCAUUGAUAGGGUCCCCAGUAACAUAACACAGGCCGUGGGGAGAGAGAGCCUCCCCCAUACACACCAACAGAAUCACACAGACGACACUCACACCGUCAAACGUCAAAGUCAAAUGUGUGACCAGUCAAUACGACAAAUAAAUCAUUAAAUCUACUCA